UAUAUGUAGAUAUUUAAAUUCAACGAAGUAUAAAAUACUUCGCAGAUGGCAUCAACGCUGUCAGUUCGACCCAUAGUUGCAGUCCUUCAGUUCGGAGGAGUUCUCACAACCUUUGUCUAAGUAGGAAGCUUCCAGUAUGAAGGCCAUUAUUUACGUUUUGACGGUGCAUCUGGCUUUUUGUGCAUAUGGAAAUCUAUUCGCUGCAAGUGGUUUCUAUGGCGACAUCGGAUUUGAUAAAAGUUAUAAGGAUUAUAAAUUGAAAGACAUAGAUGUCGAUGAUGGUAUUGGAACUUUAGCCGUACGUCCUACUAUUAAAGGUUAUAAGGGUUUUAAGUACAAAGAUAUAGUAGUUGAUAAGGGUUUUGGACCUAUAGCCAUACGCCCCGCUAUUACCGGUUAUAAGGGUUUUAAGUACAAAGAUAUAGUAGUCGAUAAGGGUUUUGGACCUUUUGCCGUAGGACCCACUGUUUAUGAUGGUGUUGGUGGGUACGAAGUUCUCAGAGACAAUGAUGAGCAAAUCUUUGAAGAGGGUCAUGAAAGUAGACAUAGUGGCCAUGGAGUAUCCGUUGGUCAUGGAAACCAUGGCGGAUUCGAAGGUCAGCAAACAGUUAAAGCAAUCAAAACUGUUUCAGACGAAGACUUUGAUGGUCACGGAAUUGUAAGACACGCAAACCAAAAAGUUAAAAUUACGGAAGUGAUACAAGACGAAGACGGAAAUGAAAACCCUGGGGGACUUGGAGCACAUGUUGCUCACGGAGGUCAUAGUGGAUACAAGCAGCACUCAAAACAGAAAACAAUCAAAGUAAUUCACGUCGAUGACGAAACUGUCGAUCAUGGCGCCCAUACCGGAGAUGAUGCACAGCAAGAAUUUGAAACUAUUAAAAUAAUUCACACAAAAGCCGGACGCGGCACACGCAUCGGCCAUAGAGAUCAUGAUAGCAUUGAUGGGUAUGGCAAAAAGAAUGAUCACCAAGUAAUAAAAACAAUUCAAGUUAUUCAUAAUGAAGGAGGCUACGCUGGUAAUGGUUUCGGAGCUCAUAGUGCGCAUGCAGAUCACUUUCCACGCGAUCAUCUUGGUGGAAUCCAAACGAUAAAAAUCAUUCAAGAUGGUGAUGCCGGUUAUGGUAGGCAUGCCGGUUUCGGUGGUCGUAGCAACGGUCGAUAUGGUGAAUACGACGGUAAUGGCGGGCUCCAAGCAAUUAAAAUUAUCAAAGUAAUUCAUUCCGGUGAGGAAAAAUCUGGCCUUGGUGCCUUUAGAGGUCAAAGUGGUUACGAAAGACAUCACGGUCACGGUCAUCAUGGAUAUUGAGGAUGGAGUGGAACUGGUAGCAGCCGCUAGAAAGGAAACCUAAUUAAAAUGUUCCAUUAGGAGGCCGUAGGCGUUUAAUCGUUACCACUUCUGUUGACCGGUUGAUUUAACGAAAGAAGCCAACUCGGAUGCUCAAGUGGCCCAAGAGCUUCACUUCAUUUUUAAUACACUUGUUGUUGGAAUCAAAAACUCGCAACUGAACUGAUUGAAUUAAUUUUAAUAAACAUUGUAGAAUGUACGUGGACAUGUAAGCUAUUCCUUUUAAGAAUAAAUUUUUAAUUACACAAAGCUUUUUAUAUAAUUAUAUUUAAUUUUAUUUGUGGAACUGCAUGAAAACGUCAGCGGAGAAAAACCCAAAAUCGAAGGGUUUAAAUUAGAAAAAAACUCAUUUCAUUUUACUUGAAUUUCGUCA